AUGAGCAGCCCCGACCCGUCUAUGCCAGCCCGAGGCGCCACCCCCACCACGGACCACGUCGUCAACAAGCUGAAGAGAGCCCUGGAGAGAGACGAUAAUGACGACACGGAUUCGUUUCGGGCUCUGAAGGUCAGAGCGGUUGAUGCUGUCCUGACUGCCAUCGAUGAUCCCAACGUGGCAGUUGGCGACCUUCGGAAUAUGCUGCGCCGCUAUCAACUCCCCCAUCUGGACGCUCGUCCAAACAAGCCCCCCUACGACUGGGCCAACGAUUUUGACGAAAGGUACAAGUUGAACAAGGCGACUUUUCACAAGCUUACAAAAAUCCCCGAGGGAAACGCAUUCGCGCGGGGACGUAUCGUCUCGGCGGCCGUGAUGCUUGCCCCAAUGUGGCGGUUGCGAGAAAUCUGUAACAUGACGGCCAAUCACGAAGUCGAUUUUGUUCUCGACUGCUACCCGCUAAGGGACGGUCUGGCUGCUCUCUGUGACCUCUCUUUGGCUAAGGACAAACCUCGAGAAUUGGAAUGGUCUGAAUCCGAUAACGAAUAUGACGACAGCGACGACGAAGACGACAACUACAAACCUGCAUACCAUGAGUGGUACGGCAUAAGCAAAGAGGAAGUCAGCGCGGAGCGGUCGGCGAUAAAAGAAGCCUUCACAAGAGACAAGCACUACGUCAUUACCAAAACGCCAGGAACCAAGCCGUGCUACUUGUUCAACCCUUUUCUCAGAUCAUACUUGAGGAAAUUCCGACGAGCGUUGAAAACCGUUUCUCCUAUAUGGGGGGAAGAGAAGAUCGACGGGUAUUUGGCCAAACUGACAAAGGAGAACCUCAGCGGACCGUCAAAUAUGAUCUCCGUGAGCCCUCUUGCGAGAGCCUAUUGGAAAAAGGGGUGGAUUGCGCUGGAGCCGAUUCGACAAGAGACUCCGACAAGUCUCAGAGUCCGUUAUCACGUCCUGAGAACCACCGGGGAUGUCGACUGGAAAAUCCGUCAUGAUAUACGAAAGCUUUUGCAGCCAAUUCGCGACGAACAUGGAGUGGAUAUCGCACUUUUUGAAUAUGGCACCUACGAGCAUAUCUCAGACGGCUUUGAGUUCCUCAUUACUGCGGAUGAUGCUGGAGAUCUGCCUGAUCUGGAAUUGACGAGGCUAUGCUGGGAGAUUCGCCAGAUGGCUUCGAUGGCGGGAUUUGGGAUCAGUGAAGAUGGGUUUUAUUAG